GAUGGUGUCAUCUGGAGCUUGAGUUGCUGCACGCGAGUAUCGAAGACAAUGGCCAAGAACAAAUUAAGAGGGCAGAAGUCCAGGAAUGUAUUUCACAUAGCCAGCCAAAAGCACUUUAAGGCUAAAAACAAAGCAAAACCAGUUACCACUAAUCUUAAGAAAAUAAACAUUGUGAAUAAUGAAAAAGUUAACAGAAUGAAUAAAGCUUUCAUAGAUAUACAAAAGGAACUUGCACACUUCUCAAAAAGCCUUUCUCUUGAACCUCUACAGAAAAAGCUGAUUCCUCAGCAGCAGCAUGAAAAUGAACCAGUUAAUGUUGACAAAGCUGCAAGAUUAAUGGCUCAGUUGUAAUACAGUUAUGAUGCAUCAAAUUCCCCCAAAAGACCAAAAAAUUAAAAUGUUUUAUACAAUUUUAUUUUUAAAAAUCUUGUUAAUGUACAGGCAUUGGCAUAUUUUAAAAACAAACUACAUAGACAGAUCUUUCCUAUAACCUAGGAAAGUGGAAUGUCAGAAGUCAACAUGUGAUAAACUUAAAGUGCUAAAACAGAAGGCACUUCACAAAAUCUGUUCACUGAAACA